AGUUGAUGCACGCGUGUAGUAAUAAUUUUGUUGAUUUUGUGUAUAAUUUGCCUGAUUUAAGAAACACAUAAUUUGUGAUUUAGUAAUUAUGUCUGUAAAACGGAGAAAGGCGGAAACGAGUGGCGAAACGAAUGGCGUUUCGUCUGAAGAGAAAGACUCAAAUUUGGUGAUAGAACCCCAGAGAUCGAAUACGUCAUCAUGGAACAGUUUCUACAAAAAGAUGGCCUUUAUAUUGUGCAUCUACCUUCUAGUACCAGCAUUCGCAUCACAGCUUCCCUUCAUAGCCAAGCAAUUUCUCUACCUAAGUCUAGUCAAAAGCCCCCUUCAUAGUGACUUUGAGAAGCCAGAGACGCUCAAUAUGUCGGGUACCAGGAAUGUUCGCAUUGGUACCCUGCCCCCAGAUGAUGACAUUCAGUUGGGAUUGUGGCAAAUACUACCACAGUCGUCACAGAUUGGUAGUAGCAUCGAACAAGAUCACCAGUUUGACUCGGCUCUCAGCGAUGGUAAACCAGUUAUUAUCUACCUCCACGGAAAUGCAGGAACAAGGGCUGCGUCCCACCGCUUGCUACUCUACAAACUGCUAGCUGGAAUGGACUUUCAUGUAAUAGCACCAGACUAUAGAGGUUUCGGAGACUCAAGUGGAUGGCCGUCGGCAGAAGGUGUUGUAGGAGAUGCAGAGUCUGCAUAUAGAUGGGCUAAAGAGAGGAGUAAACACGCACCAAUCUAUGUAUGGGGACACUCUAUGGGAAGUGGGAUUGGAAGUGCAAUGGUGAAAAAACUAUGUCAAUCAGGAUCAUGUCCUGAAGGUUUAAUUUUAGAAGCUCCUUAUAACAGCAUGCAAGACGCUAUGAGGAAUCAUCUCUUUACAAUGCCCUGGUGGAUUCUCCCUGGUUCCUUGUCGCUAAUUAGCUUAGCGUAUGAGCAAGAAGAGGCGAUGUUUGACUCGCAAGAAAACCUUAAAGAAGUGAACUGUCCGGUUUUAAUACUUCACGCUGAAGACGAUUUUGUUGUUCCAUACAAGUUAGGCAAACAACUGUACGAGUUUAGCGUUGAGAAUCGUGACAAAUCUCUACCACCAGUGACAUUUCAUUCCUUUGGAUAUGUCGGCUACGGUCAUCGUCACAUCGUGGACUCGCCCGACUUAUCUGGUGUCAUCAGGGACUUCAUGAAGUAAUGUCUUCAUCGUAGAAAACACGGAUGCUUCCAGCAAUGCAGUAAUAAUUAUUAUUAUGCACAACCAAUGCAAUCAUGUAUAGUCAAUUAUGAAAUGCAUGAAGUGGCUUUUUAUCAGUAAAGUUUUUAAUUUAUUUUAUCUUUCUUUCACAAUAUUUAAUGAAGUGUUUUGUGCCUAAUGCUUCAGAUUUCCCCCAAAACAUAUAAAAGAACCAGAGGGAUCACUCACAGGAAUGAGAACUUUCCGACUUUUAUCUGAAAUCAGACUCUUUUAAAGUCUGCGUGGUAAAUAAAAACUUACUGCUGUGUUUUCUUCAAAUUAAACAAGUCAGCUCGUUGAUCUACUUCUCUAGAGCUGAGGAUAGUGUUUACAAAAACCUCUUGGAAUCAACAACUCCAAGGGUUAUCAGUAGGUGGAAAUGCUAUCAUUUCAAUAUUACCUCCUAAGAUCUGGAUUCCAGUUAGAGACUUUUUUUGUCAGUAAUGACUCUCAUCCCUGCACCAUGGACAUGAGUUACUAUGUAAAUUACAUUUAGAUGUCCGCUUAUAAAAUGUUGGUAGUGUGAAGUUGUGAACUGGUGUGUGACCUCGGCCUCGACACCAUGGGCAGCACAUUGUAUCAUUACCUCUCGACAAUAAACCCAUGGUGAGGAUGUACUGAAAAAAACAGAACUGAUUGGCUACAAAAAGUGACUUAUUUUGCACGCUUGUUAAAACUUUUGAGCUCUUACAUGGGGCUUGUAGGAUGCUAAGUAGGCGCAGGUCAAAAUAAGUAUUUUGUGCCAUUCCAUUCAAAUGGAUAGUGUUUUUACACGAUCACCCUAAGUAUUAGACAAAUUCAAGAUCAAAGAAUAAUGAAAGGGGACCAGUUGCUCAUUGACUUGAUGCCUCUUUUGUGGGUUACCAUACAUGGAUCGACCAUAGGCCUAAAUAUUAAAAAAUAAAUAAAAAAUAUAUGGCAUAUUUUAAUGAACGAAUUUCAGGGUUUAUGAGUGAGCAAGGCAUGCUUGAAAAAGAUUGAUCACCCUAGGAACGAGGUUGUGAGACAUGUGUUAUGUGUGGGGUUGACACAAUUUUUCUCAAUACGCAAAAAUGCUUCUUGUCCGACCCAGGGUGCAUGGUUUUGUUCGCCCUGUAUUUCUAGAUAAUUCCAUGCCCCAAGUUUACCGAUGUUACUGUAAUUUUACAAUUUCAAUGCAAUUAGAUUUUGCUUUUCUUUGUUUCACCUAUACAGUUCUAUUUGGGAUUUGGUAUUGUUUUUUACCCUAACAUUUUAAACUCAUCUGUUAAAUGCAACAUUUUCAUGCAAAACGCAAACUUCUCAUGUAUACUUUUCAACGUUUUUCAACCAAUGCAAUGAAAAAUUAUUUAAAUAUUUCUUUGUUUCAAUUUCGUCCAGUGUCCCCCAUCCUUCCCUAAACAAAGUUUUUAAUGUACAUUUUAAUCAACUUUAAUCAAUGCAAUGUAAUUUCCUGUAUUUUUUUAUUGUGUACAACUUUAUUUCAGUUUAGAAAUCUGUUCCUGGAUAUCACUUCAAUAACUUCGAUUUUAGUUUUCUUUAUUUCUUGGAAUGUUUAUUCUGCACACUUUGGUUUUGAAUUUAGUUUGUUUCCUUAUUACCCGAUCUUCAGACAUACUGCACAUAUUUUGACAUAUACACAAUAGUACUAUGCACAAUAUGAGGUGGCCAUUCACUGAAAUUGCCCCCAAAUUAAUUUAUAGAAACAAUACAUAUAUUAUUUAUUUGGAUACAUUGUACAAACAAUGAUUGAUGAAUUAACUGUAUAUUUAAUUUGCAUUUAAACAAUGGGUGAUAAUAAAUGCAAUCUGAUUUGUAAGGCAAUUUUAA